GAUCCGGGGCGUGUCAUUUCCACAGGGGGCUUUAGGGGAAAAGAAAGAAAGAAAGGCUAUUCCACGAGCAUCAAGCAAACCAGUUUUACUGAGAUAUAAUUGACAUACAGCACUGUAUAAGUUUAAGGUGUGCGGCAUGAUGAUCUGACUUACAUCAUGAGAUGAUGACCACGCUCCCCUCGUGGCUCACUCCCACAACCGACGUGAGGCCCCGGGAGCGCCGCGGACCGUCCUGGAGAGCGCGGGUCUGCGGGGCAGAGAGGACGCCCCACGCAGCGGUCACCGGGAGCCACGGCUACUGAACGCAGAUCUGGGCUGAACGCACAAAUCCCGCAGCGGUCGGACUGUACCGGUUCGCAGGUUUAGGAGAACGGGCCGCCCCUCCCGCGGCCGGAGCAGGAGGCGAGGGUGGAUGCGGCCUCCGGCCGGCAGUGCGGUCCGAGCACGACGGACGCUCCCCGCGCGGGAAGCCAGGGCCGCCGGGCCGCGCGCCCCAAAUCGGAACCCGGCUCCGAACCCCCAGUCCCUCAGAUUCCGUUGAAUUCCCGGAGCGCCCUCCGCGGGUAUGACUGUCCUGGAGCGGCAGCCCCUCCGCAUGAAAAACCUUGACCGCAGCCCCUUCUCCAAAUCAGAUUCUCCCGGUUCCUCCUACCGCGCCUCUCGGACAGACGGAGCCAGUCCCGAGCCAGUUCCCGCGCGCCGCGCCCCGCGCCCCCGUUCAAAGCGCGUGGGCGGAGCCCGCUCGGAGCCUAGCCAAUCGGAGGCCUCGCUCCUCCCGGGCGGCGCUCCAGACCAAUCACACCCUCGCGGGCGGGAGGCGGGGCGACGCAACCGUAGAGCUCGCGCAGGCGCGGUGCAGGCUGGUUGGCGCCUCUGCACUGCGAGGGGCGUUAGCGCAGGGAUCCCAGCCAGCGUUGAGUGCGGCGCCGGGAACCGUGUGUGGGUGCUUCUCCCUGGGGUCAUGCAGAGAGCAUCCCGUCUGAAGAGAGAGCUGAGCCUGCUGGCCGCGGAGCCGCCCCCGGGCAUCACGUGCUGGCAGGAUGGGGACCGAAUGGAAGAUCUGCGAGCUCAGAUAUUAGGUGGAGCAAACACACCUUAUGAAAAAGGUGUUUUCAAGCUGGAAGUUAACAUUCCUGAGAGGUACCCAUUUGAACCUCCUCAGAUCCGAUUUCUGACUCCCAUCUACCACCCCAACAUCGAUUCUGCUGGAAGGAUUUGUUUAGAUGUUCUCAAAUUGCCGCCCAAAGGCGCCUGGAGACCGUCCCUCAACAUCGCCACCCUGCUGACUUCUGUUCAGCAGCUCAUGGCCGAGCCCAACCCUGAUGACCCGCUCAUGGCCGACAUCUCCUCAGAGUUUAAAUACAACAAGCCAGUCUUCCUCAGGAAUGCCAGGCAGUGGACAGAGAAGCACGCGAGACAGAAGGCCGAUGAAGAAGAGACGCCUGAUAACCCCCCCGAGGCGGGUGACUCAGAAGGACACAGCGAAGCACAGAAAAGGAAAGCCAGGCACCUGGGCGGCGUAGAAAAGAAGUUUUGUCCUGAUGUUUAGGGUGGGGUGGUCCUGGCCCAUCUUAGUUAAUAACGUUCUUUGCCAGCGUUCUUUGCCAGCAUGGUCCAAUUUGCUCACAGUUCUGGAAUGUUUUUCUUUGUAUUUGAUGACAUUAUCAUUUUUGUAUCCUGUGAAACAGACCUUGUGUAUUUAUAUGUUCUGCUCUACGUUGAUUCUCUUGAGUGUAGUUUGUUUUAUUUAGCUCAUACAUAUGUAUUCCAAAACUUGUAA